CAGCAGACCUAAACCUGACCAGCACUUCAACAGCAGCAGCAGGAGGAGGGCGCGUGAAAGGGGGAAUAAGCUGCUCCAAACGAUUGAGACGCAUCCGGACGAGACUGAGCAGCAUCUCCACGUCACCGAAGGAACGUUCAUGAUUCUAUAGACCUCAAGACUUCAACGUUUCAAAAUAAAAAAAGAAGACAUUCCACCAUGUUUAAACGGUGGCUUUUGGCCCUCUUGGCACGGGUCGGCCUCAUUGUGCUGGGCCUCUGCUGCUGUCUGCUCCUGUUCUACUUCCUCGCCUGUAAGCCGACGUCUCGCCGCGGCCAGGAGUCUCUGCAGUGGUCUGCGGGGACCACCAGCAAAGAGGGUUACAUGGCCCUGUUGCAAGAGAGGGAGGAUACACACAGACAUUACAUCAACAGCCUGACGAAGCAGAUAGCCCAGCUGAAGGAGGCUCUCCAGGAGAGGACCAAGCAGCUCCAAGAGUCCCUGGAAAAAGCUAAAACGAGAGGGAUUCUGCCUAAGGGUCUGGAGAGUCUGCACAAAACCCCGACCCAGACUGACCUGAAGGAUUUCUUCCUCUCCCAGCUGAACCAGGCAGAGGUGACAUCCGGCGUGCAGGUGGCGAGCGAAUACGCCGUGGUACCGUUUGACACUUUCACCCUGCGGAGGGUGUACCAGCUGGAGACGGGCCUGACGAGGCACCCAGAGGAGAGGCCUGUGAGGAGGGACCGCAGAGACGAGCUGAUGACCACGGUGGAAACCGCUCUGCACGUCCUGAACGGACCCCGGCAACACGCGCACAGCGGCAGAGGGAAGCGCGCGUACUCCCCAUCCGACUUCAUAGAGGGGUUGACCCGCACGGAGCGGAACAGAGGAACCGUCUACGAGCUGUUGUUCAAAGGCGACGGCCCGCGGGACUUCACGCAGCUGUCGCUCUUCAGGCCGUUCGGCCCCGUGCUGAAGGUGAAGAGCGAGCGAGUGGCCGCCGGCGGCGUGCUCGUCAACAUCAUCGUACCUCUUUCCAAGAGGCCGGACGCAUUCAGGCAGUUCAUCAGCAACUUCAGAGAAGUGUGCAUCCAGCAGGACGGCAGGGUUCAUCUGACCGUUGUCUACUUUGGUCGAGAUCAGGUUGAUCAGGUGAAGGCCCUGCUGGACCAGACCACCAGAAAGACUCAGUUCAGGGGCUUCACUUUGAUCCAGCUGAAUGAGGAGUUUUCCCGUGGUCGGGGUUUGGACGUAGGCGCCAGAGCGUGGAGACGCAGCCCAAACGUCCUGCUCUUCUUCUGUGACGUGGACAUCCACUUCACCGCCGACUUCUUAACUUCCUGUCGCCUCAACGCAGAGCCUGGUAAGAAAGUCUACUAUCCAGUGCUCUUCAGCCAGUACAACCCCUCCAUCAUCUACAGUAAUCAGACCCUUCCACCCUCUAUUCAGCAACAGCUGGUGAUGAGGAAGGAAACGGGGUACUGGAGAGACUUUGGCUUUGGCAUGACAUGCCAGUACAGGUCGGAUUUCCUCAACAUAGGUGGGUUUGACCGUAACAUCAGGGGUUGGGGGUUGGAGGACGUGCACCUGUACAGGAAGUACCUUCACAGUAAGCUGAUGGUGAUUCGCUGUCCGUCCAGCGGGCUUUUCCACUUGUGGCACGAGAAGAACUGCGCAGACGAGCUCCCUCCGGACAAAUACAAGAUGUGCAUGCAGACCAAAGCCGUGAGCGAGGCCUCCCACGGCCAGCUGGCAGAGCUGCUCUUCAGACGAGACAUUCAGGUUCAUUUGAGCUCCAAGAAGUAGAGGAACAUGAAGAGGACAACAAAAUAGUGCUUUGGCAAUGUUAUUCUGUGGGUUUAUGAUCAUUAUUGUUUACUUACAUGAAUCAUUCGGCUUCAAGCAAUAUAUGAUUUAACAUUAAUAUUGUUCUGCAUGUGGAACAAAAACAUGUGAAAAUAAUGACAGAUAUAUUUUGUGUGAAUAAAACAAUGAACUAUAUGACC